ACAGAGGAGCCAGAAAGAGCUGUGAGCAGCAGCGUCCUCCUCCUCUGGCGCUGGGCCUGCCCGCACUAGCUACAACUGGGCUCUGGCUCCUGCUGGCACCACCUGCUGUCGAGGCCCUGUCUGAGCCCUGCAGCCCUCCGUCUGCUCCUGCCUGGGAAUGGCUGUCCCGGAACCCUCCACGUUGCUGGAUGAGGAGCUGUACUCGAGGCAGCUGUAUGUGCUGGGCUCACCUGCUAUGCAGAGGAUUCAGGGAGCCAAGGUCCUGCUGUCAGGUCUGCAGGGUCUGGGGGCUGAGGUGGCCAAGAACCUGGCCCUGAUGGGAGUGGGCAGCCUCACACUGCACGACGCCCACCCCACCUGCUGGUCUGACCUGGCUGCCCAGUUCUGCCUCUCAGAGAAGGACUUGGACAGGAACAGGGCUGAGGCCUCUCAGGAGCUCCUGGCCCAACUCAACGGAGCUGUCCAGGUCUUCGUCCACCCAGGCGACAUCACCGAGGACCUGCUAGCGGACUUCCAGGUGGUGGUGCUGACUGCCUCAAAGCUGGCGGAGCAGCUGCAGGUGGGGGCCUGGUGCCGCCGGCAGGGAGUCUGCCUUCUGGUGGCCGACACCCGAGGCCUGGUAGGGCAGCUGUUCUGUGACUUUGGUGAGGACUUCAUCGUGCAGGACGCCACUGAGGCGGAACCCCUGACUGCUGCCAUCCAGCACAUCUCCCAGGGCUCUCCCGGCAUCCUCACUCUGAGAAGAGAGGCCGACAGGCGCUACUUCUGUAAUGGGGACCUGGUGACCUUCUCAGGCAUCGAGGGCAUGGUCGAGCUCAAUGGCCGUGCUCGGCACAUCCGUGUGCAGGAGGAUGGAUCCUUGGAGAUUGGGGACACAGCAGCUUUCUCCCGUUACUCGCAUGGCGGGGUCGUCACUGAAGUGAAGACACCCAAGACUGUGAGACAUGAGCCCCUGGACACAGCCCUGCUCCAGCCCCGUGUGGUGGCCCAGAGUCCACUGGAAGUCCAGCGAGCCUACUGUCUGCACCAGGCCUUCCGUGCUCUACACCAGUUCCAGCAGCUCCAUGGCCGGCCGCCUCGGCCCUGGGAUCCCGCUGAUGCAGAGAUCGUGGUGGGCCUGGCCCGGGCCCUGGGGCCACUGACGGGGACAGAGGAAGAGCCGCUGGAUGAGGCCCUCGUACGGACAGUUGCCCUGAGCAGUGCUGGUAGCCUGAGCCCCAUGGCGGCCGUGCUGGGCGCAGUGGCUGCGCAGGAAGUACUGAAGGCAAUCUCCGGGAAAUUCAUGCCCCUCGACCAGUGGCUGUACUUGGAUGCCCUCGACUGUCUUCCGGAAACUGGGGAGCACUUUCCCAAUCCUGAGGAUUGCAUGCCGAGAGGCUGCAGCUAUGACGGGCAAAUCGCAGUGUUCGGGGCAGCUUUUCAGGAGCAACUGAGCCGCCAGCACUACUUCCUGGUGGGCGCUGGUGCCAUUGGCUGUGAACUGCUCAAAGGCUUUGCUCUAGUGGGCCUGGGGACUGGGGACGGAGGGGGCGUGACCAUCGCUGACAUGGACCACAUCGAGCGCUCCAACCUCAGCCGCCAGUUCCUCUUCAGGCCCCAGGACAUUGGUAGGCCCAAGGCACAGGUGGCUGCAGCAGCUGCCCGGCGUCUGAACCCAGACUUGCAGGUAACUGCGCUCCCCCACCCAGUGGACCCCACCACAGAGCACAUCUUCGGAGAUGACUUCUUCUCCCACGUGGAUGGCGUGGCUGCCGCUCUGGAAAGUUUCCAGGCCCGGCGCUAUGUGGCUGCUCGCUGCACCCACUAUCUGAAGCCGCUGCUGGAGGCUGGCACCCAGGGCACUCAGGGCAGUGCUUCUGUGUUUGUGCCACAUGUGACCGAGGCCUACAGCGCCCCUGCCUCAGUGGCAGCUUCUGAGGAUGCCCCCUACCCGGUCUGCACCGUGCGGCACUUCCCCAGCGCGGUGGAGCACACCCUGCAGUGGGCUCGGGAUGAGUUUGAAGGGCUCUUCUGACUGUCUGCAGAGACCAUCAACCGCCACCAGGAGGCGCACAGCCCCCUGGCAGACGAGGAUGCACCACAGAUACUGACUUUAUUGCGGCCAGUGCUGGGCGUCCUGAGGGCGCGUCCAGAGACCUGGCGAGACUGCGUGGUGUGGGCCCUGGGCCACUGGCAGCUCCGCUUCCACUAUGGCAUCACCCAGCUGCUGAGGCACUUCCCACCUGAUAAGAUGCUUGAGGAUGGAACUCCUUUCUGGUCUGGUUCCAAACAGUGUCCCCAGCCCCUGGAGUUCGACCCCAAUCAAGACACGCACCUCCUCUACGUGCUGGCGGCUGCCAACCUGUAUGCCCAGAUGCACGGGCUGCCUUGUUCACAGGACCAGACCGCACUCAGGGAGCUGUUGACCUUCCUGCCGCUGCCUGACCUCCAACACCUGACCCCAGUCCUCCCCAGUAGCCCAGAGCUGUCUUGGGCGUCUGCUGACUUCGGCCCUGAGCCGUCGAAGGCGCUGCAUGCUCUCCUGAAAGUCUGGAGCCUGGGCUCUCCCCUGAAGCCUCUGGUGUUUGAGAAGGAUGACGACAGCAACUUCCACGUGGACUUCGUGGCGGCAGCGGCUAGCCUGCGAUCUCAGAACUAUGGGAUCCUGCCAGUCGACCGUGCCCAGAGCAAGCAAAUCGUGGGCCGAAUUAUUCCAGCCAUUGCCACCACUACUGCGGCCGUGGCAGGCCUGGUGGGCCUUGAGCUGUAUAAAGUGGUGGGCAGGCCACGGCCUCUGCGUGCCUUUCGCCACAGUUAUCUGCACCUGGCAGAAAACCGCCUCAGCCGCUGGGUGCCUUGUUCUCCAGUCGUCCACACAUUCCAUCACCUGCAGUGGACCUGUUGGGACCGCCUGAAGGUGCCAGCUGGGCAGCCCGAGCGGACACUGGAGUCACUGCUGGCCCACCUCCAGGAGCAGCAGGGGCUGAGGGUGAGGAUGCUGCUGCAUGGCCCGGCUCUGCUCUAUUCAGCGGGGUGGUCACUGGAAAGGCAGGCCCGCCACCUGCCCCUCAGACCUGGGCUGCGAGUGCUGGUACUGGAGCUGAGCUGUGAGGGGGAGGAGGAGGACACGGCCUUCCCGCCUCUGCACUAUGGGCUGUGACAAGGCAGCCGCCCCCGCCUGGCUCGGGAGCCGCGCACCCCGAGUCCACAGUUGGCACUCAAUAAAUGCUGCUGCAGGAAGGCGCCAUGGUGGAUGAGAGGGUCGUCCUCCUCUGCACAGCAGACUGAGUCCUCUUCCAAGACAUCUGAGGGCCUGAGCUGGUGGCUGGGCUGCAUGUCUGGGCCACUUCUGGGGAGCGGCUGCAGAGGGCCAGGCACUGGGGG